AUGUCUAUUGCUCACGGAAUCCGUACUUUGGGCGUCCUCGGAGCAGGCCAGAUGGGUACUGGCAUCGCGAUGGUUGCAGCCCUUCGCGCCAAAGUGCCAGUGCUGCUACACGAUCGCUCAAGUGAACAAGUAACCAAGGGACUUUCCCUAGUGGACAAGCUCCUGGCCAAAGAUGUAUCAAAAGGGCGUUUGACAAACGAAGAGGCCAAAGAGGCUCGAGAUAGGAUCACUGUUGUUGGAUCGGAGGCUGGGAUCAAGGGGCUGAGAGACGUCGACAUGGUCAUCGAGGCAGUCUCAGAGUCUCUGCCUCUCAAGCAGUCAAUAUUCGGAUCAUUCGCAGCUGAGCUGAGGCCCGACGCGAUUCUGGCCACAAAUACCAGCUCCAUCAGCAUCACCAAAAUAGCAGCUGCAUCCAUCCCCAAUGGACUCAGUGCUGCGAGCGAAGUAGGGAAGAAAAGCGCGUCGCGCGUUGUUGGACUACAUUUCUUCAACCCAGUGCCAGUUAUGAAACUCGUGGAGUUGAUUUCUGCCCUCCAAACAUCGGAAGAAACCCUCGAGAGAGCCCGAUCUUUUGCCGUUGCAUGUGGAAAGGAGGUCACCGUGUCAAAAGAUGUUCCUGGAUUUGUUUCAAACGCACUCUUGAUGCCAUUCAUUAACGAGGCUAUUAUGUGCUUGGAGAAGGGUACGGCGACGCGCGAGGAUAUUGAUACCACACUAAAACUAGGAAUGAACCAUCCCAUGGGCCCACUACAGCUUGAUACCUGUCUAGCUAUUCAGCAGACUCUAUACGAGGGCACGCGCGAUUCCAAAUACCGACCAAGCAUCCUAUUGGAGCGCAUGGUUGAUGCGCAAUGGUAUGGAAAAAAGAACGGGAAAGGAUUCUACGAAUACAAGUAA